AUGCUCCACACCCCCAUCCCCCUGCGUCUGUCUGUCAACAAGAGACGAUUCCACCUCUCCCCGCGUACACCGUCCUUCACAUUCAACCCGCCUGCCACCCCAUCGCUCCCGCUCAGUGGCACAUCCUUCCUCCCAUCCCCAGCGGCACCGCCUUCUCCUGCUCUCGGACUCUCACAUAGUCCCCGGAAACGUCCUUCGACCCCAACAUCCGCUUCAUCCCCAGUCGCCCCGGCCCAUGCUCUAGAAGCUGGCGGGUCUAGAAUUGAUUGUCAAAGGCCCACCAAGCGCAUCCGCUCGCUGGGUAACGAGGACAAGGGAAACCACAAAGGUCCCUUGGGAUUGAUCACUAUCACUGGUACCAGUGUUGAACACGGCAAGAUGGAGGAUAUCGAGAUGCGAGAAGAUGGGGACAACGUGCACAUAAAGACGGGCGACGAAGAAGAGUCGUUCGGUAACGUGCCCAGCUAUCAGGCCAGAACCAUCGGCAAGCCCUUCCCUACUGCUCAGUCAGGCCUGCCUCAGUCGACACCAUUGUUCCCGCCACUCCCUGCACUCGCCAUGCGCAGAUCCAACCCCAAGAAACUCUCCCUUUCUCUUCCCUCAUCCUCCUCUUCAUCCACAUCUUCCACCCCCACCGCUACAGGUCCCAGCGACUCGUCAUUCCCUACACCCUUCACCCCAGGACCACCCCGUACACCAGCUCUCGCCAUGUCUACGGGCCGCUCAACGACACGAGGUCUUCGCCGCCCGUCUCUGCUGAGCCUCAUCACCCAACCUCCCAGCGGAGACGCGGUGCCGCCCACGCCUGCGGUCGGCAUGCACCCCUACGCCACCAUGCAUAUGCCCCGUAGCAAGGGCCGAGCGAGGAGUCAGACGGCGGAAGAAAUCUUUACGACGAGGCCAGAGAACAAAGGAGGAAGCUGGUCUGCCACCCCUCUCGGUAUGGGUAUGGGCGUACCUACCAUUGAAGAGACAGAGGGCAGCAGCCUGACUACGUCUGGUCUCAACCAGCUCGGCUAUGCUCUGCCUUCUUCGAGCCCGCAAAAGCCUGCCUCUGAUUCAUCUUCCACGACGUCGUUCUCGGCGUCCACCAACACCACCCCUUCCACCUCUCCUCCCCUUCCCGCGUCCUUCUCCUUCUCCAAGCCGUAUCCCGUCCGCCAGGCUGAGCCUUACGAGGACGGCCCUAUCGAGGUCGUUCCCGGCGUGUGGCUCGGCGCGGAAGAGUCUGCAUGGCGAUUUGACGUCUGGGCUGUUGGCAAGAGCAAGGUGCGGAUCGUCAAUGUCGCUCAAGAGAUUGACGACCCCUUUGACCUUUCCGUCCGCGCCGUCCCCGGCUGGUCCGGUACUGGUUCAGAGAAGAAGGGCACCAUGAAGCUCAAGACGUACCCCUCUAUCUCUGAAGGUCAUGCGGCGAGGCCGGAGGUGGAGUAUUGUCAUGUGAGGUGGUCGCAUGGCGAGCUAGGACUGGCGGAUCUGCCAGAGAAGGCGACUUUGGGGGAUGUGAGGAGGCCACAGGGGCCCGAGGUGCAAGAUAUGUGGAAGUUCUGGCAGGCGAUCCGUUGGAUGGAGGAGGGAAGAAAGAGCGGGACGCCGGUGCUUAUACAGCGAGUAUCUAUAUCCUACAAAUGGGUCAAGCUGACACGUGGAUAG